CGGGUCACUGCAUCACCAUAACAACAACUUCGAUCCUCCCUUUUCUACCUGUCCAAGUUAGCAAUCUCUUGCUUAUUGAACAGCAAAGAUGCCAGGCACUUCACGCAUGCCUGUCAGCCUCCGGCAGAGCAUUGACAGCGUCAAGAGGUCGAGACCGAGGAAUCCGAUACAGGUGUUGAACCUCAAUGUGGACUUAAUCCGCAACAUCGUCUUCUUCCUCUUCCUUCUCCGCUGGACCCGCCGCGCUCUGUGGAAGCUCAAAGGCCGCGGUCUCUUCGGCACCCUGUUCGAGCUCUUCACUGACGCUCGCCGCAUUCUCUAUGGUUACUUCCUCCGCCUACCCGGCGUGCGCACCAAAGUGCGCGCCCAAAUCGACGAUGCCCUCACCAAGAUGCAAGCCAAGAUGAUUCCCUCUGGGCAAACUCGCUACCUGUCACUACCCAAGGAGGGCUGGACCGAGGAGGCCGUCCGCAAGGAGCUCGAAGCGCUCGCCACCAUGGAUCAUACGCGGUGGGAGGACGGCUACGUCUCGGGUGCCGUCUACUCGGGCGAGGACGAGCUUCUCAAGCUGCAGACGGAGGCCUACGGCAAGUUUACCGUUGCCAACCCGAUCCAUCCGGACGUCUUCCCGGGCGUGCGCAAGAUGGAAGCCGAAGUCGUCGCCAUGGUGCUCUCCCUCUUCAACGCUCCCCCCGGAGCCGCCGGCGUCUCCACCUCGGGCGGUACCGAGUCCAUUCUCAUGGCCAUCCUCUCCGCGCGCCAAAAGGCCUACCACGAGCGCGGCGUGACCGAGCCGGAGAUGAUCAUCCCCGAAACCGCCCAUACAGCCUUCCGCAAAGCAGCCGAAUACUUCAAAAUCAAGCUCCACCUCGUCGCCUGCCCUGCGCCCUCCUACCAAGUCGACACCAAGCGCGUGGCCCGCCUGAUCAACCGCAACACCAUCAUGCUAGUCGGCUCGGCCCCCAACUUCCCGCACGGCAUCAUCGACGACAUUUCCGCCCUCUCCAAACUUGCCCUCCGCAAGAAGAUCCCGCUCCACGUCGACUGCUGCCUAGGCUCCUUCCUCGUUCCCUUCCUCGACAAAGCCGGCUUCGACUCGCAACCGUUCGACUUCCGUCUGAAAGGCGUCACCUCCAUCUCCUGCGACACGCACAAAUACGGCUUUGCCCCCAAGGGCAACUCCACAGUCCUGUACCGCACUGCCGAGUUACGGAGUUACCAGUACUUUGUCGACCCUUCCUGGUCCGGAGGCGUCUACGCCUCCCCGGGUAUCGCCGGCUCCCGCCCCGGCGCUCUCAUCGCCGCCUGCUGGGCUUCGCUUAUGUCUGUCGGAGAAGAAGGCUACCUGAAAUCCUGCACGCAAAUCGUGGGCGCCACCAAGAAACUCGCCGAACAUAUCCGCUCCCACCCCACCUUGCAACAAGAACUCGAAAUCCUCGGUAACCCCCUCGUGUCCGUCUUGGCCUUCCAAGCCAGGGGGGACCUCAACAUUUACGACAUUGCCGACGGCAUGUCCUCGCGCGGCUGGCACUUGAACGCCCUGCAAAACCCGCCAGCUAUUCACGUAGCAGUGACGGCGCCGGUGGCCAAGAAUUGGGAAAGGUUGGCGCAGGAUUUGGAAAGUGUGGUCGAAGAGGAACGCGAAAAAGAGAGGGUGCGGCAGGUGGAGGCGCUCAAGAUGGGUACCUCAGGAAAGACGGGCAAACAAAAGGCUGCUGGGGAUACGGCGGCGUUGUAUGGUGUUGCGGGCAGUUUGCCGAAUAAGAGCGUCGUGGUGGAUUUGGCGAGGGGGUUUUUGGAUUUGUUGUACAAGGCUUAGUUUGAGUUGAGAUACCAGGGUUGACUAGAUGAUCAAUUCAUGAAGUGAAUGUCAAAGUAAAAUUGGGUUUGAUGAGCAAGCGUUGCGUUGUUGUUAUUGUUGGAGAGAGAUACCUAAGUAGUGUACAGAGGAAAUGAAGAUGGGAUUAACAAGGGGAGAUGUAUAGCGUGUGUACAUGGUUGCGAGGUCAUGAAGUGUCAACUGGCAUGACAUGGUACGAUACUGUGUAUGAGAAAGGAGAGAAAGAGGAGGAGAGGAGUGUGGCAUGUCCUUGUUGUCUUGUCCUGAAACCAAUUCUCAUCAUACCUAGAGCUACAACAAAAAUAUCUAUUAUGCU